AUGGACCCCACCCACCCAGAUUUGCUCCCCACAAUCUCAGACAAGGGUAUUAAAUUCCCUAACCCUUUACCCAAGAUUGCCCCACUCAAAGAGAAGGGCAUCGACCCAUCUACCACCAAUGAAUGCCCUUCUCUACAAAUCACAAUGGAUCUAGGAAAGGAAAUAGAAGAAGGUCAGCUGGUUACCGAAGAUUUCGGCCAAAAAGAUCCCCCCGUUCAAAAUAACCGAUCCCCUGUUUCCAACCCAAAUGACUCUAUUUCUUCAAAGCUUAAUCACCCUUUUGUCCCGAGCCAACCUAGACCACAAGACCAAAGUAACCCCAACCCAAGAUCCACUUGGAGCCAUAUCGUGAAAUCUGGAAAUGUUCAAGGAGCUGAAGUUCAAACUCAGGUGAUGAAACUCAAGUAUUAUGAGCCUAGAAGGGAAAAGGAAAGGGUGGUUGUUCAACCUCCUAAAGAGAUGGCUACCGCUACCGCUACCGCUUGGAAACCUAAAAACCUCCCACAGAAGCCUGAAAAUUCCAGAAGUGCGGAGGGGAAAUCCAUUAUUUUCACAGUGGAGUUUGUUUCUCCUGAACUCCCUACAAUUAGUGCUGUUGCAGAUGUCAAUCCCAUAACCUCCACACAAGCACAAGAGCAGCAAAUCACUCAAAAUUUCUUAGAGGCUUUGCCUCCAUCCCAAAAUGAACAAGAUUCCCAGGUAUACUCUAUACUUGAAUCUACUUGCAUGCUUCCAGCACAUCCCUCACUCCAAUCUCCAAAUAGUUUUGAAAGCCUCCAGGUUCAAGAAGGCCAAUUGGUUGUUGAUAUCGGCCCUUCAACUAGGAAACAUUCCAUUGAAUCUCAUCAAUUGAACACAAAAGGAAAUAGUACCAAGAAGAAGAAGGGUAAGAAAAAACAUCCUAUUACAGGGAGGUUGAGGAUGUUCUGA